AUGACUUCGAGAAGCACGAGCGAUUUCGAUCCAUUCAAUAUCACCAUUCCCCUCGACCAAUUCGACUUGGUACUGUCCGUUCCACACCAAUCUGACGGAGAGACAACACUGAAGGCGCUCAACGACCCGCGUGUGUACAUGAACCUCGAAGGGCCUCCAUACCCCUACACGCCCAAAGAUCGGGACACCUGGUAUAAGAUUGUCAGGGACGGAGCAGAUUUUCACCAGCAGCAAUGGGUUGAGCUUAUGAAGAACCGCGCUGACGAUAUAAGAGGAGACAGCCAGAAGGAUGCCGCUGCCGGUAGCAACCACAGAAAAUGGGUCGGUGGUGGCCAGUGGGCUUCCACAAUCCGAGCAAAAGUGCGGCAGUCUGGACCUGUUGCACAAGGAACAACGUAUCCUUUCAUUGGUGAGAUCACAGUUCGUCGCAGUGGAUUUCCGUAUAUUCGGGAUACUGAGGUUCGGCGCAAGACAGUUGGAGUAAACGCGGAGCUUCCUCCUGGAGAUCCCAAUAUAGUAUGGGAAGUUGGCUUCUACUUGAUCCCCGAGUACCAUGGUAAGGGCAUCAUGUCUGUAGUCUUGACCAACUUGAGAGAUCAGUUCUUGGUACCAUACAUGAACGUACACCGGCUGAUUGGGACCUACUUUGAACACAAUGUGCCGAGCAGACGAGUCUUUGAGAAAUGUGGAUUCCAAUUCUUGACCUUCGUGCCGAAAGGGGCCACGUUGGCGCAAUCGAAGAUUGACGCAUCCGGAUUGAAAGACGGAGAAAUUGGAAUAGGGGUUAUGGAGUGGCAGAGCACUGGUGCUGCAUGA